CUCAAUGCUUUAUCUUUGCCCGGUUUCGCUAGUAGACAGACGGACGAUUGUCACUAGGUGUCGGAUAUGUAAAAAUCGGUUUUAUAAAUUCAGUAGACGGCAAUCAAAAUGAAAAUAACAGAAAGCUAGUGCGGAGUAGAUGGAAAUUAACAAAAGUGAUCGUGAACUAAAAGCUGUGCAACAAUGAAAUUAUUAAAUCAAUGGAAGAAAGAUCGCCCCUUAGGGCACUGAUAAAUCAUGUUAAAAAUGUAGAUGUACAUAUGUAUAUAUGUAUGUAUGUGUAUAUGUAUGUAUGUAUAAAAGUUGGUCAUAAAUGGUCAUAGUUGUAUGUUUAGACAAUUUAUUGGCGAUAUCAGCUUUGAAGCCUGAAGUGGUUGCGACAGCUAUUACGCUCGCACUCUCAACUUGCCAAAUAACUUACGAGUUCGAAAUAACAUUGAUAGGCUAUUGGUGUGAAUAUCGCAGUUGUGUUCGUGCGAGGCGCAGCUACAAGUGAUCAUGCAAACUUACAGUAUAAUAAAAAUGAAAAUAGAAUUAAAGAUGGCCGCCGAAAUUUCAGUGAAGUUGUGAAAAUGUGUAAAGAGAGCCAAGUAACUGCUACUACAUAUUUUCAUACAUUUAUCCAUACCUGUGAACAAGCAAACAAAACAAAUUCAUAUAAUGUGAUGUUAGCAAAGAAAAAGAAAACUCGCUCUUCGACAAACAUGAUAAAGGCGACAAGCAUUUACUCUGAGACAAGCAAUCAGCCAUAGUAACUAGCAAGUACUCAGCAGCUUAAUCACACGUGGUUUUAUGUGUGUUAGUGGAGCAUACAUACAUACAUAUACUAAUACAAGUACAUACUUAUGUAUUAUGCAUUGUAGACCCCAUUCUGAUAAACAAGUGUUGAGCAAGACAUUCAAAUCGAUUUUAUUGGCACUAAUUGUCGAUUUCCAAAGGCAGAGUUUGAAACUCUUCUUAAUUAAGCCGCCAAACAAAUAACGAAUCACUGAGCAAAGAAUAAAAUGAAAAAAGAUAUCGCACACCAAUGUAUUUUGAUCAAUGCUCAUCAACUCACCACAAGUUGUCAGCAAUCAAAUUACUUUUGUGCUUUAGUCAACUCAGAGUAAAAUAAAACUUGAAAUUUUCCACUCACCACAAGUAAAACCGGCGUAGGAAGCAUUUAGCUCGACGAUGGCAGAAUCCGGCAUAAAUAUGGAUUUCGAUCUUGAAUAUUUUCCCAUCGAAGACUUAGAUUUACUAUCAACUGAAGUUCAAGUUGCUGGGAGGACGGAUAAUGUAGAAUUCUAUGAGCUAAAGUCCGCGACCCGUUCAGUGCGAUUCGAUGACAUUCCUACAUUCAAGACAACUGUUCCAAAAUCUCGGACACAACUCAAGCAACAGUUGCAACGUGAACAGCAACAGCAAGAGUUGGAGCGACGCGAAGCAGAGAAAAGAGCCGCUGCAGCAGCUGAGGCUGCUGCUCUACAACAGCAAGUUGAGUCUUAUAUAACACAACAGAUUCCUAGCCCACACCAAAGCCAGCCGUUACAUUCAACAACAUCAAAUACCCAACAUAUGAUGGGUCAUAGUAAUAAUGCGGGCAUUGGUUAUAGGCCAGCAUCCAACAGUUUCGGAACGAAUUUCAACGAUGUGCAAAUGAAUCAACAAAACUAUAUAACCCACCCACCAUCAGUUACAUCAUCCGGUACUAGUUCUAGUCCAGUUAUGUUAAAAGGACCACUGCAAAGUAUUGGCGUAGAUGUGCCAAAACAGGUUUUACAGGUGCGGACAGUAUUGGAAAAUCCUACACGUUAUCAUGUCAUACAAAAACAAAAAAAUCAAGUACGCCAGUAUCUAAGUGAGUCUUUCAAGAAUGAAUGGGAGAACAAAACUUCAUUGAACUCACCAAUCAUAUCGAAUGUAAGUCGCGAUCCAAAUCAGGCGAACAAUUAUUCGGGUUUCACAGAUAUCGGCGGAGGAGGAGAACUGAACGCCGCACAUUCACCUCAGUUGCGACUUACCCCCAGUGCUGCAACGUCAAUGCUAGAUGAUCCCAUGCAACUAUCGCCCUCUCCAUAUGGUGUAGAUGGUGGAGGUAGCAAUGCAGCAACUGGUGGUAGUUGCCCGUUCUUUCUUCCAAAUGACCAAAAUUCAGUCAAAAGUUUUGGAACCGACAGUGCUUAUAAAAACUCAGUUGGUGGCAAUUCCUCAAGUUUGACGGGCGGAAAAAGUUGUCUCCAAAGUGGUCGUUCAUCAGGGCCCACAAACUCACUAAGGACAGUAAAUUGCUCCAACGUAUCUACAGCCAGUCCGGUCCAAUCAGCACCAAUGUCACCGUUAAGUUCUGUGGCAACAAGUGCAUCCGAAGCAGACGACUGUUUGUUCGAUGCGGAUCUUAAGUUUGAUAACUACUCAUCUGAUUUAGGAAUUAAACAGGAACCACAAUCCUACACUGAUGCUGAAAUGCAUGCAUUAGCCAAAGAUCGGCAGAAGAAAGACAAUCACAAUAUGAUCGAGCGAAGGCGUCGUUUCAACAUCAACGAUCGUAUUAAAGAGCUGGGUACCCUAUUACCAAAAACAAAUGACCCAUAUUACGAAGUGGUCCGUGACAUUCGACCAAAUAAGGGCACAAUACUUAAAUCCUCCGUUGAUUAUAUCAAAUGCCUGAAGCACGAAGUAUCGCGACUGAAACAGAAUGAAAUGCGACAACGUCAGAUGGAGUCACAAAAUCGAAAGCUUUUGAAUAGAAUAAAGGAGCUGGAAAUGCAAGCCAAAUCACAUGGGCUACCAUUAAGCGAUUUCAAUUUAACAUCAGUGUCUGCUCCCCCGCCUGCUUCAUAUCUCAAAAGCCUCAGUCCAGCAUCACCAUCAUCGCAUAGCCAUCAUUCAACAUCCCUAAUACCCGAUAUGGUAGAAAAGUUAUCAGUUAUUACAAGUGAAGCCAGUCUCAGUAUUACUCCUAUUGAUGACCUCAUGGAGGACAGUAAGCAUCCAGUACAAGGUGGCGAUCCCCUACUCUCCUCAAAUAUUAGUCACUUCUUCUCGGCGCCUCACUCGCCAACGGCAGCACAAUUGCAUUGUUGUAAUAGUUUCGAUGGCAAUGACUGUGUUGGCGACAAUGGUAGUGACUGCCACAAUCACAGCUGCCACAACAAUCAGCAUUCGCUAGAUGACCUCUAUCAAAAUGCUGUCGCUUCUUCAGCUGGCACUGCAGCGCACAUUAAAAAUAAUUGUUGUGGUAGCAAAAGAAAAGGUAUGGGAAGCGGCGCCUGCUGCCUGACGACAAGUUGCCAUCAAACCAACCAACAUCAGCAUCAUCAUCAUCAUGACCACCGCCAGGAACACCAUCAACACUCCCAACUGCAACAACACUCGCAACACGCGUUAAAACAUAGUUGCGAUGGCUCGUUCAAUAGCAAUCACUAUCUACAACACUCGCAUCGCCAAAUGAGUAAUAAUGACAUCAACAGUCUACCUAAGUCGCCAUCAACGUUGCAGCACGGGCGUGAUCCUUUGCUUUCGUCCUCGCACCACCAACAAGUGGAACCAAGUCAUCCUUUGAAUGGCCUGGAGCCAUCGUCGCUCCAGCAUCAUCACCAUCAUCUGCAUGAUGAGGACCAACGCCAUGAUGACCUUUCCAACGCCAUGAUGAGUGAUUCUCUCUCGCUAGUGUCGUCCGCAACAAAUGACCCAAUGCUACUGUCACCUGAUUCCUUGGAUAUAGAUCUGGCAUGAUACAAAAUCAGGCAAACGCUCACAAACUUAAUUUAUUUUACCUGCAAUUGUAUUCUACAAUAGAACAAAAUAUGUAUGCAAAUAACUGGCAACUCAUGUGUAUACAAAAAGAUAAUGCAAGUACAUUCUACACGUAAUUUUGCCGCUAAUGUACAUUUGUAAUUAUGUAAUAUAACUACUACUGAUUGUCUUAACAAUACGUAUGUUUAGUGCCGUAAGUAUUGGACAAAAACUAUGUACAAUUGUACAUGUCAGAACACAUGUAUUUACAUGUAUCCAUACAUACAUAUACAUAUAUGUAUAUAUAUAUCCAUAUACUAAUAUGUAUGUAUAUUUGGUAAUAACAUGAUUUGUAAAUCGUUACAUACAUAUGUAUUUAUGUAAAAGGUAUGAGAAAGUGUUUUAGAUUGAAAGUUUAUCUUUAUGUAGUUAAAUUCGUAAUACAUACAACUUACGCCUAUGCGUAUAGAACUAAUUAUAUAUAUGCAUAUGCACACCAUUAUUAAAUAGUUUUUUUCCCCCCUAAUAACAUUGAUUUCAAAGAAAUUUAGUUAUGGAUGGAGAAUAGUGUGGUUUGAAAAUCCGCUUUUUUUUAGAAUUUUGAUUGGUAAUAGCAAAAAUAUUUAUUUUCGGCCCACGCUAAUGGAGCAGAGGCAGGUUACUAAGGGCCAAUUUAACAUCACAUUAAUUAUUUAUUAACGGUCAUCUGAAAUUGACAUUGCGAGAAGUGUGCUCCGGGAAUAGUUUUAUAAAUCUCACGUUUACCCAACUCAUCAUAAAAAGCAAGAAAAGCCAAGCCAUGCACCUCAUAUACCCUUGUGGUCAGCUGAAGAAGUUAAGUGCC